CAUCCCUGGUGUGGGAUGACGUCAAAUUCAAGAUGGAUGGAAUCACGACCAGCGCUCAGAAAUCUACACUACAGUGAAUAAAGUCCCGACUGUGUGGAGGACAGACCCUAUUCACGACGUGCAGGCCAUGGAGAGCCUAGUGCAUUACAGUAAUCCAUCCCAUACCCUCUCAGUGUUAGCGGUUCUCAAUGAACAGCGCAUGCGGGGCCAGAUGUGUGAUGUAGUCCUGGUUGUGGCUGACCAGAAAUACCAGGCCCAUAAGAGUGUUUUGGCUGCCAGCAGUGAGUAUUUCCAGUCCCUGUUCACACGGAUGGAUGCAGAGUCAUUAAAAGUUGUAAACCUGGACUUCUGUGAGCCUGACGCCUUCGAGAUAGUUCUGAAUUACAUUUACUCAUCCUCACUCUUUGUGGACAAAGGCAGCCUGGCAGCCAUUCAAGAGUUGGGCUACAGCCUCGGAAUCCCUUUCCUUACCAACAUCGUGUCAACACGGCCACAUGCAUCCUACUGCGUGUCUAGAAAAAGGCUUUCGUUCUCAGAAGAUGAGAAUGAUAUCCAGACAAGGAGCGUCAUUGUGUGUCGGGUCCGGAAUGACACAACCCAUCCCUCUUACUCAAGUUAUCAGAGAAAAACAUCAGAGGGAUCAUCAUCUCCCCACUCUAUUCGAGAGUCAGCUCAGCCACCAUCAGAACACAACUCGCAUGAAUCGGUCAGGAACUCUGAAACAAUCAGCAGGAAAUCAUCUGAACAAAGUGAAGCUGCUGAAAGGAAGUCCACCUAUCCAUACACCUCCAUAUUAAAAGGGAAUUCAUCACACAUUGCAUCUGUUAGGCCCCAGCUGACAUCAUCAGUGUCUUUCAGUGAUGCUGAAAUGCAGCACAUCAGGCUGCAGUCUGGCACCGACCAGGACACUAAAGAGGAGAAUGAGGAGCAGGAGCAGCACUAUCACACCAAAGUGCCCUUUCGGGGUCAGGCCAGUGAGCCAAACCAGACCAUUGACAGGAGUGGGCCACUCAUAAAAAGCCUACUCCGAAGAUCACUAUCCAUGGACAGCCCUGUUCCAGUCUUCUCACCCACACUGGAGCUCAAGGAGCUGCAAAAUCGGGAACAGUCAGUUGUUAAAAUGGCAUCAAAAGCAUCUGGGCCAGAAACAUCUACUCAAAAUGGCAAUUCAAAAAAAACAUCUCCUCUGGUUCUCAGGCCAAAGUACCCCAGCAGGUAUGAUGAAGAAACUCAGGUAGAAAGAGAGGUCAGUGUGAAAGCUGAGCCGAGCAGUCCACUUGCUGACCCCAUGGACAUUAUUCGAAUCACAGUGGGAGAUGCUUUGCCAGUCAGUCUUACAGACUUGCAAACCAAUUAUGACCAAGGUUCCAGGCUCGACUUUAAUCCUCCGGGGAAAAGAAAGGACAGGGCAGACAACAGAAGGUACCCGUUCAAGAAGAGCAAAUCAUUUAAAGAACAUACCCUCUCACUUGACGAGAACAUGUCGGAAACAGUACCUCAGAGUGCCAGCAGUGACUCUAAUGAGAACAGUGGGGAGCUAUCUCAGAACAAGAUUUUCAAAUGCUGGAACUGUUUAAAAGUUUUUAGGUCCAGUGCUGGACUACAUCGUCAUGUAAAUAUGUACCACAACCCCGAAAAGCCCUAUGCUUGCGACAUCUGCCACAAGCGCUUCCAUACCAAUUUCAAAGUGUGGACACACUGCCAAACUCAGCAUGGUGUAGUACAAAACCCAGCCUCAUCCUCCAGCUCCUCUGUACUGGAUGAAAAAUUUCAAAAGAAGUUAAUAGAUAUUGUGCGAGAGAGAGAAAUAAAGAAAGCUUUGCUUUGGAAGCUAAAGAGGAAUAAACAGGGCUUACAAUCUCCUGGACUUAGCAAGAAGAGAUCAAGGCCCAGCUUCAUAUGUCCUUACUGUGGGAAGGUAUUUGUGUUCCAGUCUCAGUACAGACAGCAUUUAAGGACACAUCCUGCAGAAAAAGCUGACCAGGAUACAGCAAGUGAGAGCGUCAUCUACCAGAAACAGGAUGAGAUCAUUCAUCAGAAGAACACAGACACUGGUGUUUACUCCUGCAGACUCUGUAAUAUGAAGCUGUCGUCACUCUUUGAACAGGGAGAUCAUGAGAGGGGCUGUCGACAUGCAACUGUAUGCCCUUACUGUGGCCUCAGAUUCUCAAGUCCGGCUGUCAAGAGGGACCACGAGACACAUUGUAAGUACAAGAAAUUAACAUGCCUGGAGUGUAUGCGGACUUUCAAAUCCUCAUUCAGUAUAUGGCGCCACCAGGUGGAGGUCCACAACCACAACAUGAUGACUGUUAAAGACCAGAUUCACCUGAAGCAUCAAGAGAACAAUGAAGAAGCGUCUGAAUUGCUCAGAGAGGAGCAUUACAGUAAUGAGCCUCUAGCAACUGGGAGCUCAAGAGAGAACAUCAGUUACAGUGACUCCUCAGGUCCACCCAUGUACGAUUCAGAAGACUCCUCAUCCUAUGUGCCUGAGGACCUGAGCAUGGGUCACCAUGGCAAGCUUGUGGUGAAGGAAGAGCCUUUAGAGGAGGCUGUGAGUGAGAGGGAAAACACAGAAACCGCCAAAACUGGGUCGGAGGAACCCGGUGUGUGGCCAUGCGAGAAAUGCGGAAAUCUUUUCAGCUCUCGCAAAGACCUGGAACGACACCAGGAGCUGCUAUGCCACAUCAAACCGUUCAUCUGUCACAUCUGCAACAAAGCCUUCAGGACCAACUUCCGCCUUUGGAGCCACUUCCAGUCCCACAUGUCAACUGCUAACGAACCUGGAGCCAAAGAGAUUGACAGACACCCCUCACCUCUUUCUCCCUCCCCUCCUAUGACUCCUCAAAACUCUGAACGUCGCUCCCCACAGGCCACUGUGCUCAAAUCCACCCAGACGGCACCAGUUGCUGCAGCGAUGGCUGAGGAGUCUAGUAGCCCAGAGCCCUGCAGCUCAUUAGUAAGCAAGAUGAAGAGGCCUGAACUAGAACGGCAACCCAGCAGCCACAGCCCUUUGUCACGGUCCAACAGCAUGGAGAAUCCAGGUGGCCCUCAGGAAUCAGACACACUCUUUUACCAUGCACCGUCUCUCUCUGCCCUGACGUUUAAGCGGCAGUAUAUGUGUAAACUCUGUCACAGGACCUUCAAGACGGCAUUUAGUCUCUGGAGCCAUGAGCAGAGUCACAGCCACAUGUGUUUUGAGAAAAACAAGGUACAGAGUUGCACCCCUCAGCGGAAAAAGGUACAACUAUAUACUGUACAUUGUUUUCUCCGAGUGUGGAAAGAGUGCUUUAAACUUUUGAAGGCUGCAGAUGAAUUAAAGACCAGUGCUUUUGAUUUUGUAUCAGAUCUAUCUCUUGAUGUGAGCGACAUCCUUUAAGAUUAUAUUGGUGGCCUGGACAAUGUAUUCAAUAAGCACUUUGUUUGAGUCCAAAACAUUUGCUUGUACCCUUUAGUUCCCAUAACUGAGGUUUUAGGCUGCAGAAGUAAAAAUGACAACUAGGCCCAAUAGCAUCUAGUCAUGUUUCCAUCAAUGUAUUUUAUGCUUAUUUUUGAAGUACUGCAUUAGAAAAGUUUGAUGGAAAUGGCAAAAUUGGAAAAAACUUCCUCAAUUGCGCAAAAAAGUUUUUAUACUCGCUUGAGGUGGAAAAAUGCGCUUAAUGGGAGAUGGAACCACCUUUUCUGAAUAAGUUCUGACGUAAUGAAAAUUUAACUCACAUGACUGAUCAGUUGUUUCCGAUUUUAGAGAAGAAGAAGAAGAAGAAGAAGAAAAAGAAGAAGAAGCUGUUUCCAGCAUCUUCCUGUCUCCGGACAGCAUGAAACAUAGCCAAUUCUAGCUAACAUGAAAGAUUAUGUACAACUUUCCUGAAUGAAAAUAGAUUCCUGAAGCUCUCUCACCAUUUUUCUCUCAUAGCUGGCCAAGGUGACUGGUUUUGUUUCUUCUUCUUCUUCAAGGUUUUUCGGCAGUUGAUAAACAACUGGUUUUCUUUCCGGUUCAUGCCCUCUACUUCUUCUACUCUGUUUAUUACAGCCAUGUAUAAUAUGGCCUAUACUACCAGCUUCUGACGACACUAUACAGCCUAGUUUAUUCGGUCCAAACCAGUUGAUGGAAAUGCGCUUAAUUCGCUUUUUCUUUUUUUGCGACCUUUCAAAAGUUCACAUCAAAUUUGCUUGAGAAUUAUGUGGAAACACUACUUCUGUUUUGUUUCAUCAUACUAAGCAUUCCUUUAAAAUUUGAUCUCUUAUAUUUGAGUCUCAGACUGAUGGAAUACCUUCAGUAUAAUAAAUAAAGUUCUAACACAUAAUGUACAAUAAACACACCGCAGACACCUGUUGUUUUAGGCAUUGCUUACAGUCUUCAUUUAGUACUUAUAAUUUACGAAUCUUCCUAAUUGUUAGCCUGGUGAAUCAUUUUUACAAGUAUACAAGUGAAUGAGACAGUGCAGUCAUCAGUCAUAAGAUUUGAGAAAGUUGUGUUUUUUUCACAGGUAAAUGAAUAUAACGUUUGUAAAUGUUGCUGAAUAAAAUCAUUUGUAAAAGGCGUUCAGACCAGCUUACUAGAAAAAACGGGGAAAAUAAUGGGCUGGGUUGAUUUGAUGUUAUGUAGUAUUUAGGAUACUGUCGUUCAAGUAUUUGGCUCAUCACAUCAGCUGCUAGAAAUCAAUCUAAAAUAUCUACAGCAAGCGAACCUUUAGAAGAUUUUUUUUUUUAAAGCACACUGCAGUAUAGUAAUGCAAUUUAUGGUUAAACUCAAAUAAUAAAUAUGAAUGUUAUAAUAGUAAUAAUUAUAAUAAUUAUAAUAUUAAUUUGUGUAUAUUAGACUAACAAUUCCUGAUUCACUGAAGACAGCCACCCCAAUGCAGCACCAGUGUUUUGUAAAUACUCAUACACUGACAGAUAUGUGCAAUUAAACAUGGUAAUUAACCGAGCUUUACAGUGCUUUGACGGCCUUAUGCAACUUUUAAAAUAUUUUGUCAAUAUUAUUUUACAUAAAAGCACAAGAGUUCAGACGUCUUAUGACUCAGGCAUUUUGAGGAAGUAAAGUCAAGAGGAAGGCCUAAAAAAAGCAAAUAUUUUAUUCUUCGAAUGGUGAGAGAAUGUUCCUGCUUCCUAAAGAUUUAUUAUUAAAGAUUGUGUUUUGAUUGUAUUCCAGUUGUUUCACAGUUGUAUUAUUGUAAAAAUAUAUACCUUGCUUUGGCUUGAUUGAUUAGAAGUUUGUCAUAAAUUAUCACGAUUGCUACUAUUUGGGGGAUGUUAAAGUCAAAGAUUGCUCCACAAAAACUAUGGGAAUUUUUUUCCUCUAAAUGAGCAGCAGAAGCCUCAUUGUGAUGUUGAAUUAAUUGGAGUAAUGAUGGAUUGAUAAUAGUGCUCUUAAUUUUUUGUGAAAAAAACUUUCUUCAAAGUUUCACAGAAAUGAUUAGAAUUGUGUAUAUGGAAGUGUUUGUAUCUUGGAUUUUGUACUAAUUUUGUUAGUAAACAAAAGUUUUAUCUUUUUAGUAUUUGUGUGCUCUCACUGCAAUAAUGAAUUAAUGUCGCUUUUGGAGAUUUGCAGCUGUUUUGUGUUUAGGUUUUUCUACUGUUUUUGUGCUUCAUUUCUGUAAUAAAGAGUAACA